CUUUCUCUGUGCUUUCGGUGUUAGAUGCUAAAGAUGAUCAAUUCCCAGUUUCAUCGGUCACCUUUGGCGGCUAUGGAUGACAACGGAGGCGGCUCUAGCGACGACGCCAGGAGUACUUGUCCUCGAGGUCACUGGAGACCUGCCGAGGACGAAAAACUCCGGCAGCUGGUUGAACAAUAUGGUCCCCAGAACUGGAACUCAAUUGCUGAAAAGCUCCAAGGAAGAUCAGGAAAAAGUUGCAGAUUGAGGUGGUUCAAUCAACUUGACCCUAGAAUUAAUAGAAGGCCAUUUACAGAAGAAGAAGAACAAAGGCUUCUUGCAGCUCAUCGCAUACAUGGGAACAAGUGGGCAUUAAUAUCCAGACUCUUUCCUGGUCGGACCGACAACGCGGUGAAGAAUCAUUGGCAUGUUAUUAUGGCAAGAAAGCAAAGAGAGAAGUCCAAGCUCUGCAGUAAGAGAAGCUACCAAGAUCAUGUUCUUAGUGACACCAACUCUUUGAAUUAUGGUUUUAAACAAAGGAAUUCAAAAACCCAAGAGGACUAUACCACCAGAAAUAUUCGAUUCGAUGAUAGUAGGCUUGUUGAAUUCCAAAACCUAAACAAAGAUAAGAAUUUCACAGUAUCACCCUUCAGUUCAUCCCCUUCUUGGACUUUUAUCCGACCAAAGGCUUUGGCCAAGAACAACUUAUCUAAAGUGGAUUUGUUUGGAAGAGAACAUGCAGAUUACUUCAGCUCUAGUUCCUAUUAUUGCACUACAGAAGCCUCAAAUUGUAAUUCAGAGCAAUCUCUUCCCCUAAAUUAUUCAAAUUCUUCAGUAUUUGUAGGUUCUCGCGAUUCCACUGCAUUUGGGCUUCCAAACUACAAGAGGGUUAUUCCAAGUCCCUUUGGAUAUUCUAAACCUGGUGAUGGUAAUGGAAGCCAUGGAAUGAUUAGGAAAGAGUUGGUUAGUUUUGGUGAUAACUCGCAUGCAUUUGCAAAGAUAAGACCGGCUAUAUUCAAGCAAGAGCAAGGAGAUGAAUCAACCAAACAGAAGGAUGUACCCUUCAUAGAUUUUCUUGGCGUUGGAAUCUCUUCUUGAUCACCAAAACUUUAUUUUAUUUAACUCUUUUUUAUAUAUAUUAUAUAUUGAUGAUGUUAGCUUCACAUUAGCAUAUUUGCAUGCAUGUUCAUGGCAUGCAAAUUUCAAAUUUAAACCCACAGUUUAGAUGUUAUUUGAAUCACUAAUCUAUAUUCUAUAAAUGAAUGUUAAUUAA